AUGGACCCUUCCGAGAAGAAAGAGCUGCAACAACCACCAAUCGACCUUGACCAACAUGCCGGACAAAUAAGCGAAACAAGCAAUGAUGCUGAACGCAAAGUCCUCUCCAAGUUCGACAAAUUCGUCAUGCCGCAGAUGGCGCUUUUGGUUCUGUUUGCCUACCUCGACCGAACAAACAUAGGAAAUGCCCGCGUCUUUGGAUUCGAGGAGGAUACAGGAAUGCAUGGAACCCAGUUCAACGACGUAUCAAUGUACUUCUACAUCUCCUACGUCAUCUUCGAAACACCCUGGGUUCUGGCUGUGAAAAAGUUCGGCCCCGGUCGCGUCCUCGCCAUAGCCAUCGUAAGCUGGAGUGUUAUCACUCUGGGCACCGGUUUCGUGCACAGUUAUGGCCAAGUCGUCGCAUGCAGAGUUUUUUUGGGUUUCUUUGAAGCCGGCUUGUUUCCAUCUCUCAUGUUUGUCGUCUCGCAAAUCUACCCCCCAGCUUCCCAAGGUAAGCGCAUGGCCGUACUCUACGUGUCCAUUGCGCUUUCUGGGGCGUUAGGAGGACUGAUUGCGUAUGGUAUCCAGAGUAUGGGCAACAGACACGGACUCUCUGCCUGGCGAUGGCUUUUCAUUAUUGAGGGUGCUAUAUCGCUUGUUAUUGGAGCGAUCUGCUGGUUGAGUCUGCCCAGUUCUCCGGAGACAGCCUGGUUUCUCAAUUCUGAGGAAAAAGAAACGAUGAAAAUCAUCAAGGAGCGGAACAAUCCGUUCAAGGAAACUGUCGAGUUUUCUUGGAAGCAGGUGGGUAUGGCAGUUACUGACCCUCUCAUCUGGCUGGCGUCAAUUGCCUUGUUCUGCUCUUCCAUUGCGCUGUUUGGCUUCGGAACCUUUUUGCCUACUCUUCUACGCGGCCUUGAUUACACCUCUCUUGAGGCCAACUACCUCAGUAUCCCGGUAUACGUUCUAGCAUCAAUCUUUACUGGAGUGACUACAUACGUUUCCGAUCGUCUCAAUCGCCGAGCAGUAUGUCUCAUCCAUUCUCCACUUCUAGUCGCUGCCGGCUAUGCAGUAGUCGUGGGUACUGGACACAAGGGCGCGGGUUUCUUCGCCAUGUUCUUGGUCGGCAGUGGAGUUUAUUCGUUCAAUACACUCGUGGUAACGUGGAUAUCUAACAAUGUCCAGCCAGAUUACAAGCGCUCUGUUGCUAUUGCAACCAUCAUAUCGAUAGGAAACGCUUCUGGCAUGGCCGCGUCGCAGAUUUAUCCUAUCCAAGACUCUCCUCGCUAUGUGAUGGGAAAUGCAAUCUCUUUGGGAGGUGAAGUUGUUGCAUUAGUCUGCGUUGGGCUUAUUUAUGGUCUUCUCAAGUAUCGCAUGCGUCAAAAAGCGAAGCUGUUGGCGAUGGGUAAAGACAGCAACGACAAAGAGGGAGACCAGAGCUUGGACUUUAAAUAUGUCUUUUGA